AUGACUUCUUCUACUGUCAAGGUUGAAGAGGCGACAAUGAGUCGCAAAUGGCUCCCAAGCGGCUGGCGAAGGUCGGCGUUUGUCAACCUCACCAUGAUGUCCGUGUCGCUGCUGAUUUUCAUCAGCUUCCUCGCGACCGCCGUCUCGGCGACUGGUGAACUGAGUCAAUCUUGGAAGUUCUACUCAGCAGAUUGCAAAAGCACGGCCACCGCCAACACCUUACUACAUCUGCUCAUUAACGUAUUGUCUACCGCCAUACUCGCAUCAUCGAACUUCUUCAUGCAGGUCCUCAACGCGCCGUCAAGAAAGGAGGUAGAUGCCGCCCAUGCUAGAGGCAGCUGGGUUGAUAUCGGCAUUCCUUCUUUGAGAAAUGCCUUCAGUCUGUCUCGAUUCAAACUCCUAGCGUGGCUAAGCCUACUGCUGAGUUCGAUCCCGAUCCACAUGCUGCUGAACAGUGCUGUCUUCCAGAUAGGUCGCCGCGAUGGUGACUUUCACGUUAUAAUAGCAACUCGAUCGUUCGUGGAAGGGGGCUCCUACUUUCUCCCCGGUGCCAGUCUGGCUACUAAAGACCUCAUUGAUUAUGGCCGGUACAACGCGAGUAAUCCCAAAACCGAACAGUCUGGAUAUCAUAAUCACGUGGGCAACUACUCCUGGCGAUUGUCAUAUCAAGCUCUCUCUCAAAACAACAUACCCCAAGCAUCAAUCAUCUCAGAAGCGGCAGCGCAGGCUUCGGGGUGGGAUACCUUGGAGCCAUCAGAGUGUCGGAGUCUAUAUGCUAAAGAAUUUUGUUCGGGGUUGAGGAAAUACCGUAACGUCGUCAUGAUCACAGAGGGCCCCGGGUGGAAGAGAUCCGACCUUUGGAACCUGUCCGCCACCGCCGACGAACUUUGGCAGCCGUUUGUCCCGCGAGACGAGGUGAACACAUUGUGGUGGGAGGCGCAGUGCCAGAUGGAAGGCUUGAUUUCAAGCACGACCAAACCUGUCUGCAGUUCCAUCUGCGACGUGUUGACGCGCGACAGACUAGGCCCCAAAGAGCUGAAGCCUGGUGAUCCGUGGCUUCUGCAGAUGAAGUCGUGGUACAGGACCUCUUCGUAUGGGAAUUAUGGGAACACGACACUGUACUCAGCCCCCGAUAAUAUAACAGAGUUCGGAAAGAAGUUCACCGCAAGUGAGAUGCCCAUCUCAUACUGUCUGGCGGAACCGAGAGAGGACGCCUGCGCAGUUGCCCUCUCCAAACCGUUGCUUCUUGGUGUCAUUUUGUCUAUACUGGUAAAAGUAGUGACUUGUGUCGUUGUGACGCAAGUCCUGGGCACCGAGGAAUCGCUGGUCACUCCAGGAGACGCCGUUGCUUCCUUCAUCUCUAAUCAGGAGGGGCAGGGGCUGGCAACCGUGUCGGGACUUUUGACGCAGGAUCUCGUCCGACAAAGAGCGAAAGGAAAAAAGAAAGACGCCGUCUAUCAACCAAUCGAGCCUCAGAUAUGGGCACCGGAACGACGCCGAAGAUCCAUGGCCAUUCCAAAAAAGGUAUGGAUCUCGACUUAUAGUAUCUUGGUGCUUAGUAUUAUUGGAACAUUUGCCGGCUUUACCAGAAGCCAGAUUGUUGGCAGCGGAUCACUGCAAUUUACCAAGUCAGACCAGUCCGAGACGGACAACGUACUCCCAGCCAUCGGGGGCGGCCUUGCCUUCAUCUCGUCGGUGCUCGUCGUCAACGUUCCACAACUGUAUUUCUCUUUUUGGUAUCUUUUAUAUAACGGAUUAGUCACCCGUCUGGAGCUGAGUCGGGAAUGGGACAUGUUUUCUCUCGAAUAUCGCCCGUUGCGGGUAUCGCAUCCGAAGGGCCAUCAAAGCUCGACAUACCGCCUGCAGCUACCGUUCAAAUUGAGCAUUCCUCUGAUGCUCUGCAGCAUCCUUGCGCAUUGGUUACUCUCAAACGCACUUUUCAUUAUGGUUUCUCAGGGCAAUUAUUACCACAUUGGCGCAGGGUACUAUAUGGAUGAUUCAGUCAGUCUACCCAAGGACGCCGCGGUUGGUAUCGGCACUUCCUCCAUGCCACUCCUGGUUCUGGCACUUCUGGCCUCGGUCAUGAUGAUCCUCCCGAUCGUCCUAUCAAGGAUGGAACUGCCCGGUUACAUGCCGAUUGUUGGAUCGAAUUCUCUUGCCAUAUCAGCUGCGUGUCGAAUCUCACCACUGGCGAAGGUUCCCAGGGACUGCGAUGACUGGAGCGACGAACGAGGUAACGAGCUCGACGAGCUGGUUACGCCGUCAAAUGAGGGAAGUAAGGAGGGGUUGGCAAAUGUGGAGGAUAUGAUCCUUCAUCCUCUCAAAUGGGGCGAAGUCGAAAUGCCAAAAGAUUGGUAUCGCGAAGCGGGAGGAGACAAUCUAACAUCGGAUCAAAUAGGCCACCUCAGCUUUGGGACUGUUCUAGAUGACCCUCGACCUCCGACAGAGGGUCGUUUGUAUAUAUGA